AUGGACCCCACUCAGAAGCUGUUGCUCGAUGAGAUGGAUCGCCGUUUCGGCACAUGCUUCGACAGCAUCGACCGCCGCUUCGACGACCUGGAGAAGAAGUUCGACGGUACCGCGAGUUCUUCAUCGACUCGCCUCGACGCGCUGGAGAACGCAACGAAGGUGUUCGACGAAUGGCGCCCGGGAGUUGACGGCCUCAUCGACGAUUUGUGGGUCGAGGUGAACCGCCUGACGUCCCUCAAGCUGGAGGUCGGGAAGAUCUCCAAGUUCAUGGAGAGAUCCAUGGUGGAUGGCCCGAGCACUACUCCUGGUCUUCAUGGAUCCAUGCCGUCCGUGCUCGUCGCCAAGUCCUCGUCCGCCCCUGCCUCGCCGAGUGCGGCCGUCUUCGCCAACAACCCCAUGCGUUCGCCUGCGCUCAAGUCUUCACCGCCGUCCCCGACGUUCCGCAUGGCUCCUCCAUCACCGAACUACAAGCCGGAGCUGCCGACUCUGCCGAACACUCUUGUUCCGCAUGGUGGCUUCGAGGCUGCCCCGCGCCCAUCCGCGGGAUAUGCAGCCAACCCGCCCAACGGGCACCGCGUCAACCAGGCUGGCUUCGGAGUGGUCACCACUCUAUUGCCACCACAUGCCAAGGGGGAACAUCCGAAGCUGUGGAUUAAGCAAGCCAUACACUAUUUCUGCCUAUACCGUGUUGAGUCUGUUGUCUGGGUGUCGGCUGCCACUAUGCAUUUUCAUGGCCCCGCCAAGCGUUGGCUCUCUUCAAUUGAAGAUGACCUUGAGUCCAUAGAGUGGGAUAUGUUUUGUGCUCAGUUGCUCUCUCGUUUUGGACGCGAUGAGCAUGAAUUGCUUUUGUGUCGUAUGUUCCGCAUUCGUCAGAAUGGUUCAGUCGCCGAUUAUAUUGAGCAGUUCGUCAGUUUGGUAGAUGAACUUAAAGCCUAUGCUAAACACCCAAACCCACUAUACUAUGUUCAACGAUUCAUUGAUGGACUACGUGAUGAUAUUAAAGCUAUUUUGCUUGUCCACAAGACGUCUACUCUCGAUGCUGCCUGCGUUUUGGCUGAAUUGCAGGAAGAGGCGCUGGGUGUCUCCAAGAGGGUAUUCAGGCAUUCUGAUGCGGUGCCUACCCAGAAGCCGGCGUGGCAUGGUGGAGUACCACUACCUAUUCCACCACCCCGUACUGAUGCUGUGGAUGGAAAACGCGCUGGGCCCGUUUCCUCUUCCACUACUGAUGAGAAGUUUUAG